UCUCACACGUUGGACUUCUUCUCCUACCUUGUUUGUUGGUUUUCUUAGAGAGGGAGGGAGAGAGAGAGAGAGAGAAUUAUGUAUAUUUGUGCUCCAGUAGUUAUAUGAAUGAGUGCAUGAGAACUCGACCUUCUCUGCUAUCUCUCUCUAUUGACUCAACUCUGCAAUCUCUUCUUGGUACUAUUCUCUCCCAUUUGCUUCAUUGAUUUCAGUAACUUUUUCAUUGAGCGCUUUUGGUUUGAGGUGUGAAAUAUGGAUUGCUUUAUGGUUUUGGGGGAAAUGGGCAGGCUUAAUCUGGAAAACUACAAAGACGACUAGUUUGUCUCUUCGCCUACCUCAGACAGACGGACCCUAUGCUUGGGCGCCUUCUGAAUUACAUAUGGACUCCACCAAACUAUUAUCCCUCUUAAGAACAUGCACCACUUGGAAGUCGCUGAGACCGGGCAAGCUCAUCCACCAAAAGAUACUCACUCAAGGCUUCCAAUACAACACCCUCUUGUCCAAAAACCUCAUAGACUUCUACAUCUCUUGCCAUUUAUGCCCUUCUGCAAAGCUUGUUUUCCAAUCCAUUGAAAACCCAUCCAGCAUUUCCUUGUGGAAUUCUCUCAUGACAGGUUACACCAAGAACCUCAUGUUCAUUGAUGCACUUGAGCUCUAUGAAAGGUUACUCUGCUACCCCUAUCUGGGUCCUGAUAGUUACACCUACCCGAGUGUUCUCAAGGCCUGCGGUGCAUUGGGUAGGGUAGGUCUUGGAAAAAUGAUCCAUAACCAUUUGAUAAAGACUGGUUUCAUAUCAGAUAUCGUCGUGGCAAGUUCCCUUGUGGGAAUGUAUGCGAAAUGCAAUGUGUUUGAUCCUGGAAUUCAGCUGUUUGAUGAAAUGCCUGAAAGAGAUGUGGCAUGUUGGAAUACUGCAAUUUCUUGUUAUUAUCAAAAUGGGCAAGCUCAGAAGGCAAUGGACUUGUAUGAGAAGAUGAGGAGUUCUGGCUUUGAGCCUAAUGUAGUAACGAUCACUACUGUUAUUUCAUCAUGUGCAAGACUUUUGGAUUUGGAGAGAGGUAGGGAGAUUCACAAGGAGUUGAUACAAAAUCGAUUCGUUUUGGAUUCCUUUGUUAGUUCUGCUUUGGUAGACAUGUAUGGGAAAUGUGGAUGUUUAGAUAUAGCAAAAGAGAUUUUUGAACAAGUCCCAAGAAAGAAUGUCAUCGCUUGGAACUCCAUGAUUGCAGCCUAUAGUGUAACAGGUGACAGUGAAUCUUGUAUCGAUCUUUUUAGAAGGAUGACUGAUGAAGGAACUAGUCCCUCUUUGAUUACUUUUAGCAGCAUUUUGUUGGCUAUUUCAAGAUCGGUCCAACUUCAACAUGGAAAAUUCGUGCACGGAUAUAUGAUAAGAAACUAUGUAGAGGCUGAUAUCUAUGUUUACAGUUCGCUUAUUGAUCUCUACUUUGUGUGUGGAAGUAUCUCGUCUGCUAAAAAUGUCUUUGAAAAGAUGUCCAAGACAAAUGUAGUUUCUUGGAAUGUUAUGAUUUCUGGAUACGUGAAGGUGGGAAAUUAUUUCAGGGCUCUAGGGUUAUAUGAUGAGAUGAAAGAAGCUGGUGUAAGGCCAAAUGCCAUCACGGUAACUAGUAUCCUAUCAGUUUGUUCACAACUAACAGCACUGGAAAAGGGUAAGGAGAUUCACAGAACUGUUGUUGAUAGUGAGUUGGAAACCAAUGAAAUAGUCAUGGGGGCUCUUCUUGACAUGUACGCUAAAUGUGGUGUGGUGGAUGAAGCACGUAAUAUUUUCAAUAGAUUACCAGGUAGAGAUCUUGUGUCAUGGACAUCCAUGAUCACGGCUUAUGGGUCUCAUGGUCAGACUAAAGAAGCUUUAAAGCUUUUUGAUGAAAUGCAACAAUCCAAUGCAAAACCAGAUGGAGUUACUCUUCUUGCAGUGCUAUCCGCUUGUAGCCAUGUUGGAUUAGUUGACGAAGGUUGUUGCUAUUUCAAUAAAAUGAUCGGUGAAUAUGGGAUUGAACCGAGAAUAGAACAUUACUCUUGCUUAAUAGAUCUUCUUGGCCGUGCUGGUAGGUUGGAUGAAGCUUACCAAAUCAUCCAAAGAACUCCACAAAUUAGGGAGGAUGUUGACUUGUUAAGUACACUAUUUUUUGCAUGUCGUUUGCACGGAGAUCAAGACUUGGGUGUAAAAAUUGCAAGAUUGCUAAUUGAGAAGAAUCCUGAUGAUCCUUCAACAUAUAUUAUGUUAUCACAUAGUCUUGCUUCUGGAAACAAAUGGAAUGAGGUGCGGAAGGUGAGACUAAAGAUGAAAGAAUUGGGAUUAAGGAAAAAUCCUGGGUGUAGCUGGAUUGAGAUUAACGAGAGGAUUCAGCCUUUCUUUGUUCAAGACGAGUCCCACCCAGAAUCCGAAAUGGUAUAUCAGUGUCUCAAACUUCUCAAGAGUCACAUGGAGGGAGAUGAGUUAUUUCCACACUGGGGAUCAGCAAUAUUUCAUACUACAUAGAAGCAUUUACUUGAAUUUGAGCUCAAGGUAGGAUUAGAAGAUUAAGAAUUGGUACAUGACAGUGUUUGGUUAUGAGAACGAAUACGAAUUGGGGUGUAGCAGUGAGAUGCAUUUUGUUUUGUGAGGAGAAGAAGAAAUGUCUUAAACGGAUAGGUUUUGCACUUUUGCCAUGGUUUGUGAGAUUAUUUUGUAAUGGUUUAGAAUCUUUAGUACGACUAUGCCUUCCUGAAUCUUUGUUUAUUACAGUGGAAUUAGGCAUAUACAAAAAAGUCCUAGAACUUACGCACAGAGAAGUUCUCCUUUGAGUUCUCUAUUUGGGAGUAAUCAUAGAUUACAGAAGGAUAGUGCAGAUCAUCGUCGCCUUCAUAGUCCAUAUAAAAGUCUUCCUAGAAAUGGUUUGGGUAAGGCACUAUCAGAUUAUCGUUGCCUUCAUAGUUCAUUUAGUGGUUAAGUACAUUGUUUGUUAUUAGGAGGUUCGGAGAGUAUACGUUGUCAGCUGAAGGCACUGGCAAUGGACGCUUUUAGAGUUGAUCUAUUCAGUGCUGUUUGCUCAUCAAGCCAAGGUUCUGGCCAUGAUAAUUGUGAUGCCUUGGGAGAUGUUUUCAUUUGGGGAGAACGCACAGGAGAUGGUGUUGGUGCUAGUGGUUCUCAUACAGUUGGAAGUAGUUUAUCUGCCAAAAUGGAUUCUUUGUUGCCCAAACCGAUAGAAUCUGCAGUGGUUCUGCUGUCCAGAACAUUGCCUGUGGUGGACUUCGUGCAGCUCUAGUAACCUAGGAGAGAUUUAUUUACCUCUGCUGGCCAAUUCUUUACUUUUGGUGAUUGUAAAAACUACAAAGACGAAUGUUGUUUGAGUAGGUCAACAGGUACCAAGAUUUACUUAAAAUUUGCAAUAGGCAAUAAGCAUCACAGGUUUAACUUCCAUAACACUGUCUACUUUGCCAAAACACCAGAGGUUGAGAGAGAG